GAGGGGAAGAUGGGAGGAGAAGAUGCCCAGUGACGGGACUGAGACCGGGACCGGGUCCAGCAGCACCGGGACUGGGUCCAGCAGCACCGGGACCACAGGGACCAGUAAGGUGUCCAGCAGCACCGGGACCACCGGGCCUAGCACCGGGCCCAGUAAGGGGUCCAGCAGCACCGGGACCACCGGGCCUAGCACCGGGCCCAUAAAGGGGUCCAGCAGCAGCACCGGGACCGGGUCCAUGCAGAGGCUGCUGCCGGUGGCGGUGACGGUGUCCGGUGCGCUCGCGCUGCUGCUGCUGCUCCUCGCGCUGUGCACGGACCACUGGUAUGAGACCGACACGCACCGCCACAAAGAGAACUGCGACCGGACCGGAACCGAGUCCUCUGACCAGCAGAACCGCGACAUGCCAAUCUACCACCUGCCGCUGCUGGAGUACGGGGGGGGGACGCGCGCGCGCAGCAAGCCCGUGCACGUGGGCAGCCGCGAGGACGAACUGCUGGAGAACUGGCGUGCGAUCCUCGGGAUGGGCAUCCUCGAGACCGCGUGCGGGAGGCCGCUGUUUCCCGCGCACUCCGGACUGUGGAGGAAAUGCUUCUGCGCGGGAAGAGACCCGGACAUCGACCGGCUGAUCGAUAGGGGGAUCGCCGAGCGCUGCACGCCCGUGAAGUAUCACUUCUCUCAGCCAAUCAGACUGCGGAACAUCCCUCUGAACCUGACCAGGAGUAUCCAGCAGGACGAGUGGCACCUGCUGCACCUGCGCAGGAUCACAGCAGGGUUCCUGGGCAUGGCAGUAGCGGUGCUGCUGUGCGGAUGCAUCGUGGCGUCAGUGGGUUUCUACUGGGAGGAGAGUCUCACCCAGCAUGUGUCCGGACUGCUGUUCCUCAUGGCAGGGGUGUUCUGCACCAUCUCCCUGUGCACGUAUGCAGCCAGCGUGGCCUACGACCUCUCCAGGAACCCCCCCUUCAUCUACGGGCUGCCCCCUGACGUGGACCACGGGUUCGGAUGGUCUCUCUGCUGCGCCGGGGCGAGCCUGACCCUCAGCGCCGCCGCAGGCUGCCUGGGAGCCGCCGCCCCCUUUCUGCGCCGCAAGACGGGGGGCAAGAGCAGGGCGAGCUCCGUCUGAGCUGUCAAUCAGAGGGUCAUCUGACCAGCUGUCAAUCAGAAGGUCAUGUGACCAGCUGUCAAUCAGAGGGUCCUCCUUCUGAGCUGUCAAUCAGAGGGUCCUCCUUCUGAGCUGUCAAUCAGAGGGUCCUCUGUCCGAGCUGUCAAUCAGAGGGUCCUCCGUCCGAGCUGUCAAUCAGAGGGUCAUCUGACCAGCUGUCAAUCAGAGAGUCCUCCGUCUGAGCUGUCAAUCAACCGGGUCAUGUGACGAGCUGUCAUUCAAGAUUCAAGGCUUUGAAUGUCAUUUGUACAUAGCUACAGUUUAGAUAUGUCAAUGAAAAUCUGAGGUCACAGGCUCCUCCUCCAACAGAUUUACCGGGUCAUGUUUGAGCUGUCAAUCAACCGGGUCAUGUGACCGAUUCUCUAAUGUAAGGCAAUGUUAACCUGAAGCAAAGUGUUUGUAAGACUGUGUGUCCACACACACACGUCACACACACACACACACACACACACACUCUAUCAGUAUUCAGGACUCUGUGGCUGCAGUGAUUUUCAGGUGCACUGUGGUACACUGUGACAUCACUUCUGGGCGUAGCCAAUCACAGCCUCUCAUUACGCUAACCUCCUCAGCUAAUCAGGGCAAGCUGAACAUAUGUAUUUAUGUAUGACCUUCCCCCCCUCAUGUUGUCAGAGUUAAUGCCCCCCCCCCAGGAGAGAAGUUUGCGUAAUGCAGAGCACCAGAGCAGCUAACGUGCUAACAGGCUAGCUGCAGCAGCUAACGUGCUAACAGGCUAACUGCAGCCAAUCAGAAUACACCAAUGUGUGCACUUUAUAACCCCCGCCCUGCAUAACCUGCACGUUUAUUAUGACGUGAGAAACAGGUUCACCUCAGAGGACUUCAGGGUCUCCAACAGGGGAACAUCAGCCCCUCUGCAUGCUGGGAGGAAUCUGUAAAUACCACUCUGACAUUACAUGACAUCACAUGUCACUUGUUAGACGCUUUUAUCCAAAGCGACUUCCAUACUCAACACUGAGGACAAUCCCCACAGGAGCACUUUGGGGUGAAGCGUCUCAGGGACACAACGACAUGUUGACUGCAGUGGGGUUUGAACCUGUGCUCCCUGAUCCAAACACCAAGGCUCUAUCCACUGCACCACAGACCCCCCCACUCUGUAAAUACCAAACUGACCCCCCCACUCUGUAAAUACCAAACUGACCCCCCCACUCUGUAAAUACCAAAUGGACCCCCCCCACUCUGUAAAUACCAAAUGGACCCCCCCACUCUGUAAAUACCAAACUGACCCCCCCACUCUGUAAAUACCAAACUGACCCCCCCACUCUGUAAAUACCAAAUGGACCCCCCCACUCUGUAAAUACCAAACGGACCCCCCCCACUCUGUAAAUACCAAACGGACCCCCCCACACAGGAAACUGAUAAUUAAUUAUAAAUAUAUAAGAGCAGGAGUCCCACAGAUUCCAGCCUAACCCAGAGUACACAUACAUAUAUAAAUAUCCCUUAUU